GGAGAACAAGAUGUGCAAGGAACCUUGUGGGUUGAGUUCAUCUGGCUUUCAGAGCACUCGUGAUGCUCAGCUCUGAUUUUGACAUCCUUCUGCUGCUGACCAAGCCUGCAAACCCUAACUUUCAAAUUCUAGGGUUCCGGUUAUCCAGUUGGGGCGACGCCCCGACGCCACCGACGCCACCAGAGUUUCGCCGCCACCGGCGCUACUCAUACAAGCUUGACACGUCAUCAAAUCUACCCAUGUUAGCACCGUUCGGCCAUGGUGUUUCUUCGCCUAUUUUGCGCAUUGUCAGUCGCGGCGCGCUGCCCUCGCAAGAUUGAGAGAGUCUGGCAAAAGGUUUCCUUGCUUGCACUUUUGGAAGAAGGCGGUACAAACUGCUGUUGCGCUCAACUUUCUUUUUAAAAGCUCAGGGAGUCUGGUUGGAUCGUAUUUCAAGUGCCACCCAUCAGGCAAACACCGGGUUGGGCUGCACGAAUCCGUGCUCAUGGACUUCAACUUCAGUCCUUGAGUUUGCAAAACAUUCUGUGCGUCAAGGAGGUGCACUUUUUUGGGUGCACUUUCUGGGGCAGUCAUCGUACUUUAAUAGUGUGCAGAGUUCAUAUGUGAAUCCAAGCGGCGGCCCUGUGCCACCUUUGUUGAGACACCUUAUGGGAGCAGCCUCUGAUCCUGCACGUGCUUGAGCACCACCGCAAAGAUCAGCCAGAAAAACUCAAACUACAGCCCAAAAACUCUUAGCAAUUGGGGCUGCCUCCACGGCAGAGGUGGUUGAAGAAUGGCCGAAGCGGAGGCGGCAACUUACGAGGAGGGGGAGGAUGAGGAAGAGAAGCGGGAGAUUGGCAAGCUGGCGGUGUGGACUGUGACAAGCGCAAAGCCGGGGAAUGGGGUUGAGCUCAUGAGGGACGACAACCUUGAAACAUACUGGCAAUCAGACGGGGCGCAACCCCAUCUUGUAAAUAUUCAGUUCCAGAAAAAAGUGAAGCUACAGCAAAUCGCCAUCUACAUCGACUUCAAGCUGGACGAGAGCUACACACCGAGCAAAAUUUCGGUCCGGUUGGGAAAUAGCUUCCACGAUCUGCGGGAAAUACGGCAAGUCGACCUAGAAGAGCCCGUUGGAUGGAUCUACAUCUCGCUAAGACCAAACGACUCGAGUUCCGUUUUUCUGCGCGCGUACUUGGUCCAAGUGGCCGUGCUUGCCAGCCACCAGAACGGGCGGGAUACCCACAUGCGGCAAGUCAAGAUCUACGGACCACGCACAGAUGUAGUACGAGCUAUGGGACACCCGAUGCGCUUCACAAGCGAAGAGUUUAAUAUGUAUGCGACGAUCCGAUGACAAACUCCUUUGAAGUAGAAUAUUUUUGCAGUUUAUACCGCUCAGAAGUUGAUCUGGGGGUUUGCACGCGCACUUUGGAUGCAAACUGGGGUUGCUUGAAGUCCGAUUCCAGGAAAGGGUUGCACGUACGUGUAGUCUACGACAUUGUAUGCAUCCAUUUCAAAGGGUCGGGCGAAGCGUGUGCCAGCGCAACCCUGAAUUUGACUGAGUGACUGUCAUAUCGAUGAUCGGACCAAGCCGCGCUCAUAAUCCCAUCGGUCGUUACAA